CCGCCCACCCGCUCGCGCCAGGACACUUCCCGUCCAGAGUGCCCUGCCUCGAAUCAUGGACCACAAUGACAAUGAUUUGCAAGGUACAAAUAGUACUGGGACAUUGGGUGGUCUUGAUGUUCGCCGACGUAUCCCUAUAAAGCUUAUCUCCAAACAGACCAACAAAACAAAGCCUACACCACCUCGUCCUGCAAGAAGUAUGAAUAGAGUACCAUCAAAACCUGGAGAAGAAGAAGAAUUCGACUACAACGAUGAAGAACGGUAUGAAUGUAAAAGUGGUGAAGUAUUUAGUAAUCAGAGGAGGUUCCCUGGACACCUUUUCUGGGACUUCAAGAUAAAUUUGCUUGGAGAGAAGGAUGAUACCCCAGUACAUUUCUGUGACAAGUGUGGGCUACCCAUCAAAAUGUAUGGACGCAUGAUACCAUGCAAGCAUGUUUUCUGCUAUGAAUGUGCUCUUUUACAUGAAAAGAAGGGUGACAAAAUGUGUCCAGGGAAGGAGGCGCACAACCCGCAGCAAUCCUCAGGUUGGAAAAUUGGCCCCUAUACCUACCCCAUAUGUAAAAGCUGUAAUGAGCCUGUGCAGCGGAUUGAGCAAUGUGGGCGAGGGUCUCUCUUCAUGUGUAGCAUUGUGCAAGGGUGCAAGCGAACGUAUUUAUCCCAGAGGGACUUGCAGGCUCACAUCAACCACCGCCACAUGAGAGCUGGCAAACCAGUGGCACGCCCUCCGCUAGAACCUGUUCACCCUCCCAUUGUCCCUCCUCCGGCUGAAAUCCCAGAGCGCUUCAUCAUGCCGCCUGAUAAGCAUCACCUGAGCCACAUUCCCCCGAAGCAGCACAUCAUGAUGCCUCCUCCGCCGUUGCAGCAUGUGCCCCAUGAGCACUAUAACCAGCCACAUGAAGACACCCGUUCAUCCCCGGCAGAAAUGUCCAUGGCUCCUCCUCCCCCUCGCUCGGUCAAUCAAGAUACCUUUCGCAUGUCGACACGGAAACACAGCAAUCUUAUAACUGUCCCUAUUCAAGAUGACUCAAACUCGGGUGCACGAGAACCACCUCCGCCAGCCAUGACACCUGCUCAUCAUCAUCCUGAAUACCAGGGCCAGCCUGUGGUGGCACACCCUCAUCAUAUUAUGCCACCGCAGCAACAUUAUGCACCACCCCCUCCCCCACCGCCACCAAUCAGUCAUCCAAUGCAGCACCCUCCCCAGGCAGCGGGUACUCCUCAUCUGGUGUAUAGCCAAGCGCCACCACCUCCUAUGACCUCUGCUCCUCCACCAAUUACCCCUCCCCCUGGACAUAUUAUUGCCCAGCUGCCGCCAUAUAUGAACCAUCCUCCUCCUGGACCACCACCCCCUCAGCAUGGGGGCCCCCCUGUAAAUGUAAAUGCACCCCCUCCCCAUCACUAUAACCCCAAUGCUUUGCCAAAGUUCAGUGAAGACCAAGGAACUCUCAGCCCUCCUUUCACUCAGCCGGGUGGGAUGAGUCCAGGCAUCUGGCCCGCUCCGAGGGGGCCACCACCAAGAAUGCAAGGCCCACCAUCUCAAGCUCCUCUUCCUGGACCGCACCAUCCCGAUCAAGCCAGAUACAGGCCAUAUUAUCAAUGAUAUUAGUUGUAAUUUGAACUAACGUAUGACAUAGGAAGGAUAACAUUCUAAACAGCCACCUUUUAAUGAUUCUGACUGUUUGGACAGUUCUUUUUUGGUUUGUUUUGCUUCGUUUCCUUGGAAACAAACUUGUGACUGUAAAACUCUGGGGAUUUGACUCUUAAGGUAAAUUUUUAAAGCCUUGGUUGUAGGACUCUUGGCAUCUGAUAUACUGUAGUGCUAAGUGGCUUUUUAGUUGCCAGAUGCGUUUUAACAGGCAUUGUACCCAUAGUCUGUUUGAACUUCCCCAGAUAUGAACUAUUUGUAAUAUUUCCUGAACAAUUGGACAUUUAUUGUACCACUUUAAAGUAUUUUUGUUAAAUUUGAUGGUUAGUUUCAUUUGUGAUACAUUUUAUUUUUUGUCAACCUGUGUAUAAUUAAAUUUAAAAUAUGGUCAAAA